CAGAGGAGUUGCCAACUGAAGAGGAUAUAGUGGAGGUCAUUGAAUCCACAAGCUACACAGUCACCAGUGCCCAGAACCACAGCCAGGCUGACAUUGAAGAGGUUGGGAUACCAGACAUCAUCAAAGCUGCUGGGAGUCAGAUCCCUGGGCCAAUAAGGGAGAGGGUUCUCCGUGAGAAUGGACUGGAAGGUCGAUCAGUGCUGGGGAUGGUUGCGGUGCAGGUGGAGAGGGAUUCAAAGACAGGGGUCACCAAGGUCAGGUCUGUGGUGCCCGUGUCUGGAGCACCCGGGGCCUUGGGGGAGACGGUGUUCAAUGACAGCAGGAAGAGCGUCCACCACGUCGGCGGGGAAGAGGGGCAGCCUUCUGUUGAGGAGCUGGGACAGAUCCUCAGUGUCAUCAACGAUGUUGGGAUGCAAGUUCUGCUAGAUGAGGUCCCAGUUGUACCACAACAGAAGGCAGAGGAGGAGAUAAAGGUUGGUGGUGGGAUGGAAGAGGAAGUGGACAUUGUGGAGGACCCUGCCACACCAACAACCCUGGGCUACAAAGAGGAAGAGGAUGAGGGGCAUGGGGAUGAUGAGAUGGACGAGGAGGUAGGAGUAGGUCAGGUAGACCUUGUGGAGGGCGCUGUCACACUGACCUUCCUGGGCUACACUGAGGUAAAGGCAGAGAGCAAGGGUCUGGGCCAUGAGGAUGAUCGAGAGUUGGUGAAGGUGGAGCGGGUGAUCAUUUCUGACGUGGGUGAGGAGGAGAUUGUUCUUCAGUCUCCGGUUCUUGGGUCUGAGACUGAACCCUUCCUGGGCUACACUGAGCAAGAGGUUGAGGCUGUGGGGCAUGAGGAUGAUGAAGAGGACAUGAGUGGAUUGGUGGACUUUGUGGAAGGCUCUGUCCCACCUGCCAUCCUGGGCUACACUCAGGAAGAGGUUGAGGAUCUGGGACAUGAGGAUGAUCCCCCCAGACCAACCCCACGCUACAGAGCAGAGGAAACAGGAAAGAGGGAAUCCGAACACAAGACCAAGUGCUGCUCUAUCAUGUGAUGCUGCAUACACUGGCCAAAAUCUCUCUCUCUCUCUCUCUCUCUCUCUCUCUCUCUCUCUCUCUAUGAAUGGUCAACAUUGUCUAAAAUGCACAGGGUGUGCUCCAGAGAACCGUGCCUUUGCUCCUCAUCUAAAAUGUCACUGGUAUCCUCUGAGACUACAGUACCACAUGGCUUGUGUCAUGGAGUGUUUACUGUUAUCCUCCGCUCUUCAAACAGCUCUGUGAACAGACUCCAGUGUGACUGUUACUAAGCCCUUCUGCCUCCUGCUGGACAUAGUUAAGUAAUGCAGCUAGGUUUUACUGCCAGAAUCCCAGCAGCACUCAUCUCACACUCCUCCUCUGCCUUUUGGAUUUGUUGUAUCAGCCAGAAAAAAGUACUCAGCAUUAUGUCCUCUAGGAAUGCACCAAAGAUGAAGAAUAGAACAACCACUGAUCUGUUUCUUUUUGGAAAUAGAUUUUUAAAUUAUUAUUAUUCUCAGAAAUUCCUGAUGUGCCUAUUUCAAUUUCAAUGGCAACUAACCCUUUUGUUCUCUACUUUUAGAGUGUCCUCUACUAUUAGUGUCCUCAUCAGUAAUCAAAUUGGUUAUGAAUAUGAUACUGUAUUCCAUCAGUGACCAAAACAAUCUGUUAAAGAAGGGUUGGUUGCCAUUACAUCUAUUCAGUGCGAUUUGUAUGUGUAAGUGUGUUUGAUAGUUGAAUUUCGAUUUAGCCAUGUCUGUUAAUGACGGUGAAUAAAAAAAAAAACUGGAAUUUGUUUGUGAUUAUCAAAACAAAAUAUAUUUAAUAUUCUUACGAUUUAUGUUUGUCUCUUUCUUUCCUUUUGAUGAACAGUACCAACAUUCCUGUCAGGACUUUCAUGUAUAGGUCUCUGU